CCUGGACAUUGCUACAACUAUUUGACCAUCACCCUGAGAAAAAUGAAGAGCUCUGCCUUCACUGUUAACCAUUUACUAUCAAACCAAAUUAAAUUCAACUUAUCUUAAUUGUUUGGUAUAAAACAAAAACUGAUAAAUUCAUGAUGCAUCCCAUCCCUCUUUUUUUAGUUGGUGGAUCUUUUACCAGUUAUGUUUGAAUAACUAACAUGUUUACUUUUUUAUCAUUAUUAGUAGUAAGACAACAGUUCCUCAUAGCAAUUGCUGCCAUUUCUUGAAGGCCUACUCUGUGAUAAGCUGUAUAUAAAAUAUUCUAUCCACACAAUAGCCCUCUAAGGAGGUCUUUGUUUGAGACAGGGUCUUACUCAGGCUAGAGUGCAGUGGUGUGACCAUGGCUCACUGCAGAGACCUCCUAGGCUCAGGUGAUCCUCCCACCUCAGCCUCCCAGGUAGCUGGGACAACAGGCACGCAUGACUAAGCUCAGCUAAUUUUUUGUAGAGACUAAGGUUUUGCCAUGUUGGCCAGGCUGGUCUCAAACUCCUGGGCUCACACAAUCCACCUGCCUGGGCCUCCCAAAAUGCUGGGAUUACAGGCAUGAGCUGCUAUGACUGGCCCCUAUAGGGAGGUUUUUACUCUCAUUUUACAGUUGAGGAAACAAAGGUUCAGAAAGGCUAAGUAACUUAUGAGUUGAUAAACCAUAAAGCUCAGAAUCUGUUUGACUCUCCACUGAACUUCUGCUAGUUUAGUUAAAACUGUUGGUUAAAAAAUAUUAUUGGAAUGCCUUGACAUGCUCGUGUGGUACAAGUAAGGGCUUAUAAGCAGAAUGAGUUAUUAAUACUCUAGGCACUUUUGAAAGUGAACAGAAGACUGGACUAAUUUAUCACUUUCCUCUUUAGUGCUGCCUUUCCAAGUACACACUUUCUUAAGGGCUCCAAAUGUUUAACGUCUUUGUUUAAUUGUUUACCAGCUCCUUACUUCAAGUAUGUGUAUCUGUACCAACCGGUAGCUUUCCCAAGAUAUAAUUUGAUGCUUAUUUGGUAAACUUCAAGUAUGUGAGUAUCGUAGGUUUCAUGUACUAUAUUGACCACUGCUAUCUAAUCCUAGUAGAAAAAUACUUGUCCUAAUCCAGAUUAAAUAUAAGGUUUUUAAAUGGUUCGGUUUAUACAAGGGUAGCACAGAGAAAAUUCCCUUAUACCCAUGCCAGGUAUCAGUUGUUGGUGAUCUCUGGGCUGCCAUCUAAGUCUUUUUAAUGUGAUAUAGAUGUUUGAGGACUUAACCUGAGCAUUGUAAAUUUCUGGAAGCAUGAGCUUUUUACUUUCUACCUUAUAUAAGUCUACUUUAGAUGGUAAACCCAGAAUAAUCACUUAGAAAUUGGCUAUUGUUGGCCAGGCGUGGUGGCUCACACCUAUAAUCUCAGCAUUUUGGGAGGCCGAGGCAGGCGGAUCACCUGAGGUUGGGAGUUCGAGACGAACCUGACCAACAUGGAGAAACCCCGUCUCUACUAAAAAUUCAAAAUUAGCCGGGCGUGAUGGUGCAUGCCUGUAAUCCCGGCUACUCGGGAAGGCUAAGACAGGAGAAUCACUUGAACCCGGGAGGCGGAGGUUGAGGUGAGCCGCAAUCACGCCAUUGCACUCCAGCCUGGGCAACAAGAACAAAACUCCAUCUGAAAAAAAAGAAAAAGAAAUUGGCAAUUGUCGUCAUUUUAAUUUCAAGAUACUAAUAAAAGCUGAUUAGCUUUAGAGUUAUCCAGACCUCAUGUUCAUUGUGUUCCUGGCAGCAAGAGGGGGUCUGAUAAUUAUUGUACUAUUCGUUUUUUGAAUUUGUUCCAUGCUUUAGCAUUUUCUGAACCUCUUUAGAACAUUUUACAAAACAUUUUGUAUUUUUUAACAUUUCAUGAACACCUUUAGACAUAUUUUGUGUUCUUGGUUCUGUUGCUGUAGUGAAAAACUUAUAAUACUUUAUCAUUCAGAAAGCAAAAAAAAAAUUCUGUCCAUAAACUAAAUAGUGCCUGAAAGAGAACAUUGAUCCAUGAAAGGGUAAAAGGUUUAUUUAAGUAUAAGUUAUUAUAGUUAUUCAUUAAAAAAAUUUUUUUUUCUGUCUUGUGUGUGCCAGGUACUGUCCUAGAUGUUAAGGACACAACAUUGAGCAAAAACAUGCAUAGUCCUUGCUUCCAUGACACUUGAGUGAACUGAGUGUGCAAAGUCCCUGUGGCACAAAGUCCCUGGGGACAGUGUGUGUGGCUGGUAUAGAAGGAGCUAAAGGUAUAUUGGUGGGAUGUCAUCAUUUUUUUUCUCUCUCUCAUAUUCUACCAAAAGUUAUAUUUAACUUCUGUUAAGUAAUUACUCUGUUCCAGAUGUGAUUAUAAAGACUUCAGUGGAAUAAUCUCAAGUUCCCAUGUGGUAGGUAUUACUAUUAUUGCCAUUUUACAGGUGAAGAAGGUGAGACACAGAAAAGUUAAAGUUAAUUCGUUCAGGUUGGGCACGGUGGCUCAUGCCUGUAAUCCCAGCACUGUGGGAGGCUGAGGCAGGCAGAUCAUCUGAGGUCAGGAGUUCAAAACCAGCCUAGGCAACAUGGUGAAACCCUGUCUCUACAAAAAUACAAAAAUUAGCCAGGCGUGGUGGCACACAAAUCACUUGAACCCAGGAGACAGAGGUUGCACUGAGCUGAGAUUGCACCACUGCACUCCAGCCUGGGAGACAGAGCAAGACCCUGUCUUUAGAAAAAAAAGUUAUUGGUUUAAAGUUGAUUAGUAGUGCUCUACUAUACUCUUCUUCCCAUCCUGUACUCAAAUAUGACCACGGGCUGGAAAGGACUCUGGUCCCUGGGUGACUCCUCAAUGUAGCCUUGAGAACUUCUGAAAUUUCCAGAGAAUUUGGAUGCAUGGGGACAUUCAGCAGAGACUAUGUGUGCCUGAUGCCCUUAUCCACCAGGCGGAGCUCAAUUGAUGGAGAGAAUCACUGGAGAGAACCACAGGGCAUCAAUGCAGCUCUAAUAUUCGCGGAUCUUAUUUUACUCAUGUCUAAUACUGAAUAUAGAACAGCAACAUAAAUAUUUUGAGCUGACCUGCCUUUGAGAGUGAAGCGAUUAUUGUUAGCAACCCACCACUUUUUUUUCCAUUGUAUUUUCCCUGAUGGUAUGUAUAUUUAUUUGGCCAUUUAAUAAGUAAAUAAAUCUAGGGGUAUGUAUAUUUAUUUGGCCAUUUAAUAAGUAAAUAAAUCUAGGUUUGCCAGUGUAUUAUUUCAACUAGAAUUCUUGUUGAUGGCCAUACUGAACCUUUCUUCCUUUCUUUCCAGAGAUCUGGUUGGAGUUGGAGGGUGAGAGAAAAUGAAUUCUUUUUCUAAUUUACCUGCAGAGAACUUAACCAUUGCAGUCAAUAUGACCAAGACUUUGCCUACAGCAGUAAUGCAUGGAUUUAAUUCCACUAAUGACCCACCUUCAAUGUCAAUUACAAGGCUUUUUCCAGCCUUACUGGAAUGCUUUGGCAUUGUCCUUUGUGGCUACAUAGCAGGAAGGGCCAAUGUCAUAACAUCAACACAGGCCAAAGGACUAGGAAAUUUUGUCUCCAGAUUUGCACUUCCAGCUUUAUUAUUCAAAAACAUGGUUGUACUUAAUUUUUCCAAUGUGGACUGGUCCUUCCUAUAUAGUAUCUUAAUUGCCAAAGCGUCUGUAUUUUUCAUUGUAUGUGUAUUAACCUUAUUGGUUGCCAGUCCUGAUAGUCGAUUUAGCAAAGCUGGACUAUUCCCUAUUUUUGCUACACAAAGUAAUGACUUUGCAUUGGGAUACCCGAUAGUUGAAGCUUUAUAUCAAACUACAUACCCAGAAUAUCUCCAGUACAUUUAUUUGGUGGCACCAAUAUCUCUUAUGAUGUUAAACCCUAUAGGGUUUAUCUUCUGUGAAAUCCAAAAGUGGAAAGACACUCAAAAUGCUUCUCAAAAUAAAAUAAAAAUUGUGGGACUCGGACUCCUGCGUGUAUUACAGAACCCAAUAGUAUUUAUGGUCUUCAUUGGCAUCGCCUUCAAUUUUAUUCUUGAUCGAAAGGUACCUGUAUAUGUCGAAAAUUUUCUUGAUGGACUUGGAAAUUCUUUUUCUGGAUCAGCCCUAUUUUAUCUUGGUCUCACGAUGGUGGGAAAAAUAAAGAGACUGAAGAAGUCAGCAUUUGUUGUACUAAUUCUUCUCAUCACAGCUAAACUUCUAGUGCUGCCACUUCUGUGCAGAGAAAUGGUGGAACUCUUGGACAAGGGCGACAGUGUGGUGAACCAUACAAGUUUAUCAAAUUAUGCAUUUCUGUAUGGUGUCUUUCCUGUAGCACCAGGAGUGGCUAUCUUUGCAACACAGUUCAACAUGGAAGUAGAAAUUAUAACCUCAGGGAUGGUGAUAAGCACGUUUGUGUCUGCUCCCAUCAUGUACGUUUCUGCCUGGUUACUGACCUUUCCCACUAUGGACCCAAAGCCGUUGGCAUAUGCCAUCCAGAAUGUUAGUUUUGAUAUAAGUAUUGUCAGCCUGAUCUCCUUGAUCUGGUCUCUGGCUAUUCUUCUUUUGAGUAAGAAAUAUAAACAGCUUCCUCAUAUGCUUACAACUAAUUUACUCAUUGCUCAGUCUAUUGUCUGUGCUGGAAUGAUGAUAUGGAAUUUUGUUAAAGAAAAAAAUUUUGUUGGACAAAUUUUGGUGUUUGUUCUAUUGUACAGCUCCCUCUAUAGCACCUACCUGUGGACAGGCCUUCUAGCAAUUUCUUUGUUUCUUUUGAAAAAGCGAGAGAGGGUACAAAUUCCUGUUGGAAUCAUCAUAAUAUCUGGCUGGGGAAUUCCUGCUCUCCUUGUUGGUGUUCUUUUGAUAACUGGAAAACACAGUGGAGAUAGCAUUGACUCAGCCUUCUUUUAUGGAAAAGAACAGAUGAUCACCACAGCAGUCACCCUAUUCUGCAGCAUCCUGAUAGCUGGCAUAUCCCUCAUGUGCAUGAACCGGACUGCCCAAGCAGGAAGCUAUGAAGGUUUCGAUCAGUCUCAGAGCCACAAAGUGGUGGAGCCUGGAAAUACUGCUUUUGAGGAGAGUCCAGCACCAAUAAAUGAACCAGAACUUUUUACAAGCUCUAUUCCAGAAACAAGUUGCUGCUCCUGCUCCAUGGGAAAUGGUGAAUUACACUGCCCAUCAAUAGAGCCAAUAGCAAACACAAGCACCAGUGAGCCUGUGAUUCCUUCGUUUGAGAAAAACAAUCAUUGUGUGAGUCGCUGUAACUCCCAGAGCUGCAUAUUAGCCCAGGAAGAAGAACAGUAUCUACAGAGUGGAGACCAGCAACUGACCCGACAUGUGUUGCUGUGUUUACUUCUCAUCAUUGGCCUGUUCGCUAAUCUUUCCAGUUGUUUAUGGUGGCUAUUCAACCAAGAGCCUGGAAGACUUUAUGUUGAGUUACAGUUUUUUUGUGCUGUGUUUAACUUUGGUCAGGGAUUUAUUUCCUUUGGAAUCUUUGGAUUAGAUAAACAUUUAAUCAUCCUACCUUUCAAAAGAAGACUUGAAUUCCUAUGGAACAAUAAAGAAACAGCAGAAAACAGAGAUUCUCCUGUUUCAGAGGAAAUAAAAAUGACCUGUCAACAAUUUAUCCAUUAUCACCGUGACCUCUGUAUCCGAAACAUUGUCAAAGAAAGAAGGUGUGGUGCAAAGACUUCUGCUGGAACUUUCUGUGGCUGUGACCUGGUGAACUGGCUAAUUGAAGUCGGCCUUGCCUCUGACCGUGGUGAAGCUGUGAUAUACGGAGACAGGCUGGUACAAGGGGGAGUCAUCCAACAUAUUACCAACGAGUAUGAAUUCCGGGAUGAGUACUUGUUUUACAGAUUUCUUCAAAAAAGUCCUGAACAGAGUCCUUCUGUUAUUAAUGCAAACACUCUCCAACAGGAAAGAUAUAAAGAAAUUGAGCAUUCAUCCCCACCCUCACAUUCCCCUAAGACCUAAAUUAUGAAGGGGAGAACCCUACAUGGAAUCAUAUUCUAGCCGCAUAUUCAUUAGUUUUCAGCUGGGUGACCUUGGGCAAGUUAACAGAGGCAACCUCUCUGAGCCUCAGUUGUCUCUUCUGUAAAAUGUGAAAAGAUGUGCUCCCACCACAUGCUCAGGGUCUGUGAUUUUACAUGUAUGUAAAACACAUAGGAAGCUGACUUAGGAAAAAGAGAAAACCAAAUUAAAGUUCUGAUAAUGAAUAUAAUAUAGUCAUCCUUCAGUAUCCAAGGGGAUUGGUUCCAGGACUCCUGAAGAUCCCAAAAUCUGAGGAUACUCAAGUCCCUUAUAUAAAAUGGUGUAGGCCGGGCAUGGUGGCUCACGCCUGUAAUCCCAGUACUUUGGGAGGCCGAGGCAGGUGGAUCACCUGAGGUCAGGAGUUCAAGACCAGCCUGGCCAACAUGGCGAAACCCUGUCUCUACUGAAAAAUACAAAAAAUUAGUUGGGCGUGGUGGUGGGUGCCUGUAAUCCCAGCUACUCAGGAGGCUGAGGCAGGAGAAUCGCUUGAAUCUGGGAGGCAGAGGUUGCUGUGAGCCGAGAUCGUGCCACUGCACUUCAGCCUGAGCAACAGAGCAAGACUCCGUCUCAAAAAUAAAAUAAAAUAAAAUAAAAUAAAAUAAAAUAAAAUAAAAUAAUUAAUACAAUGGUGUAGUAUUUGCAUAUAACCUAUGCACAUUCUCCCAUAUAGUUUAAUCAUCUUUAGAUACUUAUAAUGCCUAAUACAAUCUAAAUGCUAUGUAAAUAGUUGUUAUACUGUAUUGUUUAGGGAAUAACAAUAAGAAAAACAGUCUGUACAUGUUCACUACAAAUGCAACCAUUGUAAGCCUAACUACAUUUUUUUAAUCUGCAGUUGAUUGAAUCUGUGGAUGUAGAACCUGUGCAUAUGGAGGGUCAACUGUACUAUAAAUAAUAUGAAUAUGCCAACAUUAUAUAAUCAUUGCUUUCUGCAACUGUUUACUAUAAUUUCAAAAUUAACAUCCUAUUAACUGUUCCUUUAAAUUAUCAAAUUUGGCAAGUAUAUUGCUAGCAGGAGAUGGACCUUAAAUUAUGACAGCUUUACAUUUUUUGAUAGCAUCUCUUGAAAAAGAAUUUUAAUGAUUCUAAUAAGAGGUUCUUUUUCUUUUUUCCAUUUCCUUGACAAAUAGUACUCAUUUAAAAACUAGAGGGCCAGGCUUAGUGGCUCACGCCUGUAAUCUCAGCACUUUGGGAGGCUGAGGCAGGCAGAUUGCUUGAGGUCAGGAGUUCGAGACCAGCCUGGGCAACAUGGUGAAACCCGGUCUGUACUAAAAAAAUAAAAUAAAAUAAAAAGAUAAAAGAAUACCCAGGUGUGGUAGUGCAUGCCUGUAGUCCCAGCUACUUCAGAGACUGAGGUGGGAGUACCCCUUGAGCCUGGGAGGCACAGGUUGCAGUGAACCAAGAUCACAUCACUGCACUUCAGCCUGGGUGACAGAGCAAGACCCUGUCUCAGAAACAAAAAACAAGUAAAAAAAACUAGAAGCACUAUUUUUUUUUAAAGUUUGUCUUUUCUUUUCUACCCAAAUUACUAAUCUAUGCCAUUAAGGAAAGGAAUAAGAACCUCCGUAUGUAUUAUUAUCUCCACAGUCCUUCUGCAGAAGUACAAUCUGAUCUUUAACUUUCAUGCUACAAAUAAUAAUUUGAGCAGAUUAAUUUGAAUUUUAUCAACAAAAUUAUUGCCAUAUGAUGUAUCAUUUCUGUAUUUGAACAAAGCAUCGUAAUGCAGGAUAACUCUUCUACUUUAUUCCCUGUAGUUAAAAAAAAAAAAAAAAACUAUAUAGUUCAAGCCAAUAUUUAAAAAUUCUAAACCUAGGCUGGGCAUGGUGACUCAUACCUGUAAUCCCAGCACUUUGGGAGGCCGAGGCAGGUGAAUUGCUUCAGCCCAGGAGUUCGAGACCAGCCUGGCCAACCUGGUGAAACCCCAUCUCUACUAAAAAAAAAAAAAAAAAAAAAAAAAUUAGCCAGGUGUGGUGGUGUGCGCCUGUAAUCCCAGCUACUCAGGAGGCUGAGGCAGCAGAAUUGCUUGAAACCAGGAGGCAGAGGUUGCAGUGAGCUGAGAUCGUGCCACUGCACUCCAGCCUGAGUGUGAGAGUGAGACUCUGUCUCAGGAAAAAAAAAAAAAAAAAAAAAUUCUAAAGAUUACAUUUAGAAUUUAGUCUUUUUAAAGUGUCCAUGUAUAAAAAUAUAUAAUUUUUAAAAUUACUAAAUGUUGCCUUCUCUCUUAGUCUAUUAUUUUAGUUACUAUAACAAAAUAUCAUAAACUGGAUAGCUUAUAAACAACAGAAACUUAUUUCUUACAGUUUUGGAGGCUGUGAAGUCCAAGAUUAAGGCACUAACAGAUCUGGUGUCUGGUAAGGCAAAUUUCUGGCUCAUAGAUGGUACCUUCUUGCUGUGUCCCUACAUGGUAGAUGGGAAGAACUGGUCUCAUUGGCCCCUUAUAAGGGCAUUAAUUCCACUCAAUAGGGCUCCACCCUCAUGAUCUAAUAACCUCUCAAAGGCCCUACCACCUAAUACUAACACAUUGAGGAUGUGACUUCAACUUCACAUUUCUACAGGCAGAGAAGGGGGGCUGUGUAAAUUCUUCCCAUCAGUACUUGAAUGUUCAUUUAACAAAUAAUUUAUCGAGCAUCUAGCAUGUUCCAGACACAGUCUGAACACUGAGCACACAACAGUGGGAACAAAUAUGAUUCCUGUCCUCAUGGAGCUUCUAUUCUCCUGUGAAAAACAGAUGUUAAACAUGAUUGAGGAUUAGGUUUCAACAUAAGAAUUCUAGGAGGACACAGACAUUUAGACCAUAGCAUCUUCAGGUAAACUUUAUCUUCAGUAAAUUAAAGAGAUCUAUUUAGAUGACUUUUGAGCAUCUUAAUUCUUAGAUGUCAGUGCUAGUUUAACUUAUUUUAAACGUUUCAGAUAUUUAUUUAAUUAUACUUUUAGUGUCUCAUAUGUAAAAAAGUUAUUUAUAAAAUAAUUUAUAGGGUUAGAGUCAUUGCCCUUUUAAUGCAACAAAUAAACAAUUUUUUAAAAACCUGCAUGGGGGCCAGGCACGGUGGCUCAUACCUGUAAUCCCAGCACUUUGGGAGGUCGAGGCUGGUGGAUCAUGAGGUCAGGCUAUCAAGACCAUCCUGAUUAACACGGUGAAAUCCCGUCUCUAUUAAAAAUACAAAAAAUUAGCCAGACGUGGUGGUGGGCACCUAUAGUCCCAGCUACUUGGGAGGCUGAGGCACGAGAAUGGCAUGAACCCGGGAGGCGGAGUUUGCAGUGAGCCAAGAUCGCGCCACUGCACUCCAGCCUGGGCGACAGAGUGAGAUUCCAUCGCAAAAACAAAAACAAAAACAAAAACAAAAACAAACAAAAAAAAACUGCAUGGAAGCCUAGUAUAUUUAUUAAUAACAAAUAAAUUAUACUUUAGUGUACUAUUAACCUAUACCAAUUUUAAGUUGUGAUUAGAGAAUGGGGAUGUUUUUAAGCUGAACUGUCUUGCUGCGGAACUUUCCUUUUUUAAUAUGACCAUAUUAUGACUCUGAAUGCUCAGGGGUAAGCCUAAGGCCUCACUGCUGUUACCAGAUUUUUCUAGUUACAGUAAUAAAGAUGUUAAUUCACAUGCAUGCAGACAACUGAAACUCAAGUGGAGAAUUUGUUUGUGAACAAGUCAUACUACUUCUGUUAUUUGCAUGAAUGGAAUCUGCAAUAUCUUUUUCCAUGGGAGACCCUAAAAGAAAACCCUGGAUCAGAAUGAUCUGCAGUUUCAGAUAAUAAAGGCUUUUAAGAGACAUUUUUAGAAUUAAAAAUAUGCUAGUUUUAUUAAAUGAAAAUAUUUGUAACUGUUACUUUCUCACUGACAAAGCAAGUUUCUCAAUAAAAUACCUAUUUUAACUUGCAUUACUGACAUCUUUUCUUUAAGUAAUCUGAAUCAUGCAGAAGCCAUCAUAGAGGUCUUUUCUAUACGUUCUCAAUGUUUUCUUAAAUGGGUUUCCUGAGUUCUGUUCUUCAUGACUCUGGGCUCUGCAAACAGGGUUUCCCAAUUACGCAUUCUAUAAACACUUUUAUGAAUGAGUCAAUAUGACAUUGAGUCCUUUUCAUACAUGUCAUCAUUUCCAAUAUGUAGAGUGACAGCUAGAAAAAAGAUAAAAUUUUGAUUAAAACCUAUUUCUUUUUCUUCAGCAUAGUCAAUUGUUUUCUUAACUCUCUAUAAGUAACUCCAUGCCUAGCUUGUGCUUAGCUUUCAAUAUUUUUAGACUAAGACAAAGUGUAUUUGGCAUUUUGAGAACAACAAUUAAUGGUCAGUAAAUUUCUAAAGCAAGAAAAAUGUGAAACUAGUGUUUUAUAUGUUUGUUAUGCAGCAGAAUGCAGCUCUUAGUGUUUGCCCCUUCAUAUCUCAUCAUGUAAAAUAUUAAACUACUUUAGGCCACUGGACAUAGAUAGUCCUGUCAUGAGUGAUGGCUGGAAAAAAGUUCAGGAUCAUAAAUGUUAUCACCAUUCUUCAAGAAAAGAUGAGAUUAUAAAUUUCUGCAAUUGGUAUGAUAAAAGGUUGAAUUAAUUAAUGAAAAAGAAAACAUUAGCUCUGUAGACCUGUUUUGGGCAAAUUUUACAAGAAGAAACUAACUCUCCAAAAUUCUAGGCUACAUAGUUAUUUCUAAAGCAAAACUUUUGAUUCAUGAUUAACAUAUAUAAACUGAUGUUUUCAUCAAAGAUCAAACAAAAUAGCCUUGUCUAGAAUACUUAUAUUAUUCCCUUGGCUUAUUAAGUAAUGGUAAAUAAUACCAGUAUCUAAGAGGUGACAGGUUGACCUGAGACUUAUCAAAGGAUACCAAGUUGUGCAGAUAGAUUGUCUAGCUAGUUUCUUCAACUUUACAUUUCUACAGACAGAGAAUAGGGCUGUGUAAAUUCUUCCCAUCAGUACUUGAAUGUUCAUUUAACAAAUAUGUAUCGAGCAUCUAGCAUGUGCCAGACACAAUCUGAACACUGAGCACACAACAGUGGGAAUAAAUAUGAUUCCUAUCCUCAUGGAGCUUCUAUUCUGUGAAAAACAGAUGUUAAACAUGAUUGACCUGUGACCAGGAUCACCUGUGCCUCCAAGAGUAUGUAAGAGAGACCUUCUGGUGUGAGGAAAACUCCCCUGAGGAAGUCAUGUUUUAGCAAAACUCUAAAGGAUGUCAAGUAUUACUUAUAUAAAAGGGAGCACAUGGAAUGAAUAGUGCAAGCAGACAAAUACGGCCAUGAGAAAGGCACAUUCAAGGACAUGAAAGAGCAGCAUAGUAGAAACCUAAAAAACAAUGGUUGAAGGUGUAAUAAGAUAUAAAUGAGGCAGAUCAGUGGGAUCCCUUUGGUAGUUAAAGAGGUUUAAGCCAGGCACAGUGGCUCACGCCUAUAAUCCCAGCACAUUGGGAGGGCAAGGCAGGUGGAUCACCUGGGGUCAGGAGUUCUAGAUCAGCCUGGCCAACCUGGUCUACUAAAAAAUACAAAAAUUAGCCAGGCGUGGUGGCAGGCGCCUCUAAUCCCAGCUACUCGGGUGGCUGAGGCAGGAGAAUCGCUUGAACCCAGGAGGCGGAGGUUGCAGUGAGCUGAAAAUGCGACAUUGCACUCCAGCCUGGGGUACAAGAAUGAGAUUUUGUCUCAAAAAAAAAAAAAAAAAAAGUUUUAGACUCAAAAAUAAGAAAAUUAACAACCUAAGUAAACAAUGGGCAAAAGAUCUGAACAGACAACUCACCAAAGAAGAUAAACAGAUAAAAGCAUGUGAAAAUGUCCAAUGCCACAUAUCAUCAGGGAAUUGUAAAUUAAAACAAGAUACCAUUACACACCUAUUAGAAUGGCCAAAAUCCAAAAUGCUGACAACAAUAAAUGCUGACAAGAAUAUAGGGCAACAGAAGCUCUUAUUCAUUGCUGAUAGGGAUGCAAAAUGGUAGCCACUGUAGAAGACAGUUUGGCAGUUUCUUGGGAAACUAAACAUACUCUUACCACAUGAUCCAGCAAUUGUGCUCCUUAGUAUUUACAAAAAAUUAGUUGAAAACAUGUCCACAUGGAUGUCUACAGCAGGUUUAUUCAUAAUUUUCAAAACUUGGAAGCAACCAAGAUGUCCUUCAGUAGUAGUAUAUUCAGACAAUGGAAUAUUAUUUAGCACUAAAAGAAAUGAGCUAUCAAGUCAUGAAAAGACAUGCAGGAACCUUAAAUGGAUAUUACUAAGUAAGUUAAAGAAGACAAUCUUAAGAGGUCACAUACUGUAUGAUUCCAAUGAUAUGACACAUGGAAAAGGCAAAACUAUGGAGACAGUAAAAAGAUCAGUGGUUGCCAGGGGUUGGAGGGAGGGUAGGAUAAAUAGGCAGAACACAGAAGAUUUUUAGGGCAGUGAAACUACUCUGUAUAAUACUAUAAUGGUGGAUACAUGUCAUUUUAUAAUUAUCAAAGCCCAUAGGACGUACUACAUCAAGAGUGAUCUCUAACUUGAACCAUGGACUUUGGGUGAUAAUGUGUCAAUGUAGGGCCAUUGAUUGUAACAAAUGUACCAUUCUGGUGCUGGGAUGUUGAUAGUGGGGGAGGCUAUGCAUGUGUGCUGAUAGGGGCUAUAUUGAAACUCUACUUUCUGUUCAAUUUUGCUGUGAACCUAAAACUGCUCCAAAAAAUAAAGUCUCUUUUAAAAAAGAGUUUUAGGAGGGGAAUUCAUAAUCAGAUUUAAAUUUGUGAUAGAUUGGCUGCAGUGACUCAUGUGGGUGGAAAUAAAGAACAAAAAUGGGUGUAGGAGAACAGUUAAUGCAAUGGUCUAGCUAAAAGAUGGUGCUAGUUUAGGCCAAGAUGGCAGCAAAGGAGAAGGUGAAAAUAUGCUGCCCCUAGAGAGGGAAAUAAGAUUCCCGUAAGUGUAACGAACUGUUUGCCCUUAGUUUCCUCAUCUAUUAAAGGAGAGAAGAGGAGUAUAGGGGUUAGAAGACAGCCUAUCACUGAACCAAACUUAAGGCAAACAGAAUCAACUGAGUUCUUGAGUCAGACAUCUUUUCUUUUGUAAUGUCAACCCUAUAUUAGACAAGAGCAGUAUCAGGCAGACCAUGGUAUUUAUGAGAGAACUUUGAACACAUAACUUCCUGAGCACUCUUUGAAUAUAAUGACCCACUUCUUUAUUAACUUAAUUGUGCUGAUAGUGACUAGUAAAUAUGAUAAUGUAACCAAAUACCAAAAUGGACAUUCUAGAAACUCAGAAAUACUUAGUGAUAUUUUCAGUUGGAUUUUUCUUUUGUUUAUAUUUGCAAUUUUGAGUCUUACUUGGUAAUCUUUAUGUAACCUAAACAAUGUUUUAUAAACUUUAGGAAGAUAUUUCUCAUGUAUAAAGUUCAUAAUAUAUAAUGCAUUAUAGUGUUCAAAAUGUUAUAAUGUUCAUAAUAUACUAACAAUUCUAUUUCAUUGCCACUACCUUAUUCUUGUUUCUGUUUUCACUGAGUGAACAGAAGUAAACAAUGAGAGAGAUUUCAGACCCAGAAACAGUAUAUCCUAAGGUUUUGGUUCCUUUAUCUUAUUCUCUAAUCUCCCAAACAAGCUCUUCUAAAAAUAUAUCUUAUUAAUGUAAAAGCUUAUUAAGGAGAAUGACCCUAAAAAUGCUAGAUAAUCAGAGCUACAAGCUCACUGUUUAGCCAAGUCUUGACAAAGAGCAUGUUUGAGUUUAACAAAAGUGCAUUUGCAGAACUAAUAUACUGUAUUGACAAUGUGUAAAUCUAGACAUUUUUCUUGUUAGAGCUGGUUAAUAUUUGCCUAAAGCACAAACAACUUACCAUUUGAGAUAUUUUUCAUGACUAAAGAAAAAUCUGCUUUCUUGAUGUAACUGACAAAAUGAUUUGAGGGUACUACAUAAUUAUAAUAAAUAUAAAUCCAUGCAUCAUUUUAAUGUUUCAUUCUUUAUAUAUAAUUGAAUACUUAGUUAUUGUGACAAAAAGUUACUAUGGCUAAAGAAAAUAAUGCAAGUACAUCAACUGAAAUAACACCUAUAUCCCACGAUACAUGAAUCCAAUUCCAAUGCUGUUUUCUAU